AUGCGUACCAGAAUCCGAGCACGUUGUCUAACAUCCAUUAUCUAUCUAUCUAUCUAUCUAUCUAUCUAUCUAUCUAUCUACCUACCUACCUACCUACCUACCUACCUACCUACCUACCUACCUACCUACCUACCUACCUACCUACCUACCUACCUACCUAUCCAUCGAUCUCCUUGA